CCUCGUUGUAAGACCUAGAAUGACCCACUCCUCGAGCCAUUCAUCAAACUAAUGUUCCUCUUCUCUCAUAACCGUAGGCUGAAUGCAUGUCCCCGAUGAAUCCAAUUAUGAAGGUCCAGUGGUCGCAAUUGAAGCCACGGAAGCUACUUAUGGCACCAACGCUUACCGCAAGGGCCGUCCUUACCGCACUGAGGAGGACCAUGAAGACAAGUGUCGAUGCGGCACGGCUCUAUGCACCAUGGCUGGUUGGGACCACACUUCAUUGCGCAGUCUCCGUAGAACCAGUUGCAGUCAUUACAGUGGUUCGGGUCCUUGGCAUCAACCGCAACUUCAGCAUCAUCGCGUCGAUCACGGUGGAGACAGACGUGACAAUCCGUGCACUAUUAUCGUGUUAGGAAAUUGGGGCAAUCAUAGUCCCAUGGAUUGUGGAAACUUACGUCUGAGAAUUUCUGGCACAUUCCGACGUGGCACUCUUGGGCUUGGUCCUGAGGCAAGUCGUGUUGCUUCAGGGAAGUUAGCAUCGCUUUGUGGGAAAUUCGUCCUUGCAAGCAACGCUGCAUUUGCUGUUGGUGGUACCAUCGUCCGGGAUGGCGAUGGCAGUGAUCAAGGGGAGAAAUAA